UACAACAACAACCAAUGCACCCACGAUCAAUUCCGUGCCGUGAGAUUGGUUUUAUUUCAAAUUGAUUCCCUAAAUUUCCGGCCUUCAUGGCCUCCACUGCAGUUGAUCCCUUUUUGAAGGGAAACACGGGAAGAAACACACGUGGCCUCCUCCGCAUCGUCAUUCUAGGAACCAUUGCCGCAGCCGCUGUCGCCAGUCGACUUUUCAGUGUUAUUCGUUUUGAGAGUAUUAUUCACGAGUUCGACCCUUGGUUCAACUUUAGAGCCACUAAACAUCUAGUCCAACAUGGAUUUUACAGCUUCUGGGAUUGGUUCGAUGACCGAACAUGGCAUCCUUUGGGACGUGUUACUGGUGGAACGCUGUAUCCUGGUCUGAUGGUAACUAGUGGUGCUAUUUACCAUUUCUUGCGACUCAUUUCCCUCCCCGUCGACAUUCGCAACAUUUGCGUGCUACUCGCCCCCGCCUUUUCUGGUCUGACUGCAUUGGCAACUUACCUCUUGACCAACGAGAUGUCCACGUCGCCCUCUGCUGGUCUAUUGGCGGCUAUUUUUAUGGGCAUUGCCCCUGGAUAUAUUUCACGAUCGGUUGCCGGAAGUUACGACAACGAGGCUAUUGCCAUCUUCCUUUUGGUAUUCACAUUCUACCUAUGGAUCAAGGCAGUAAAAGGCGGCUCUAUCAUGUGGGGAGCUUUGACUGCCCUAUUCUACGGCUACAUGGUGUCUGCUUGGGGUGGGUAUGUCUUCAUCACAAACUUGAUCCCUCUCCACAUUUUUGUUCUUGUGUGUAUGGGACGGUACAGCUCGCGCUUGUAUAUCAGCUACACUACUUGGUACGCCCUAGGAACAUUGGCAAGCAUGCAGAUCCCCUUCGUUGGUUUCUUGCCAAUCCGUAGCAGUGACCACAUGGCUGCCCUAGGUGUCUUUGGUUUAAUCCAACUUGUCGCCUUCGUUGACUUCCUCCGGGCUCAGAUUCCUGGAAAACAAUUCCAGACACUUUUGACUUCUCUGAUUUUGCUAGUCUUCGGUGUCUCAUUCCUCGGGCUCGUCGGUCUUACUGUUUCUGGUGUCAUUGCACCAUGGAGUGGUCGUUUCUACUCUCUAUGGGACACAGGAUACGCGAAGAUCCACAUCCCAAUUAUUGCAUCCGUGUCCGAACAUCAACCGACAGCCUGGCCAGCUUUCUUCUUCGAUCUCAAUUUCUUGAUCUGGCUUUUCCCUGCCGGUGUUUACAUGUGUUUCCGCGAGUUGCGUGACGAGCACGUUUUCGUCGUCAUCUACGCUGUUCUUUCAAGCUACUUUGCCGGCGUCAUGGUCCGUUUAAUGCUUACCCUCACCCCGAUCGUGUGUGUUGCGGCUGCUUUGAUUCUGUCUUAUGUUUUGGACACCUAUCUGCUUAUCAAGAGGCCCGAGCCACCCAAAGACGCCAGUGCAGCCAAGACUACAGACAGCGGUCUCCGAGCAGAGCGCGGUACUGUUUACGGUAUCUCGUCGUCCUUUUCCAAGGCCUUCACAACCUCUGCAAUCAUCGGAUAUCUCCUCCUUUUCGUUGCUCACUGCACUUGGGUCACUUCCAACGCCUAUUCCUCCCCGUCUGUUGUUUUGGCUAGCCGCAUGCCAGAUGGAAGCCAAUACAUCAUCGACGACUACCGUGAGGCAUACUACUGGCUCCGCCAGAACACCCCUCAAAAUGCGAAGAUCAUGUCCUGGUGGGAUUACGGCUACCAGAUUGGAGGCAUGGCCGAUCGCCCAACCUUGGUUGACAACAACACCUGGAACAACACACACAUUGCUACUGUCGGAAAAGCCAUGAGCUCACGCGAAGAAGUCAGCUACCCGAUCCUUCGCCAGCACGAUGUGGACUACAUCCUGGUCGUCUUUGGAGGUUUACUCGGGUAUUCUGGAGACGACAUCAACAAAUUCUUGUGGAUGGUUCGUAUUGCAGAGGGUAUCUGGCCGGAUGAGGUGAAGGAGCGAGAUUUUUUCACUUCUCGCGGCGAGUACCGCGUCGAUGACCAGGCUACGCCUACCAUGCGCAACAGCAUGAUGUACAAAAUGUCCUACUACAACUUCAACAAGCUCUUCCCCGCCGGCCAAGCUCAAGACCGCGUCCGCGGCUCCCGGCUCCCCACCGAAGGCCCCCAACUGAGCACCGUCGAGGAAGCAUUCACCAGCGAGAACUGGAUUAUCCGUAUCUACAAGGUGAAACCAUUAGAUAACGUUGGCCGUGACCACCAAAGCGCCGUGGCGUUUGAGAAGGGCCAUAAGAAGAAGAAGAGCUCGAAGAGAAGAGGCCCGCCAGUCCUACGUGUUGAAUAGACGCAGAAAAUACGUUUCUUUUAAGUUACAUUUUUUGGGUAUUGGCGUGGUGCCUUGAUUCUGUCGAAGAUACUUAUUUCUUUUUGAUUGUGUGUUCAAGAUGUGUUUUGAGGUCAAUUGUGCUGUAUGAUAUUGCGUAUAAAUAAGAUUCAAAAUUUUAGAUCAGGUUCAACUUUCAAGUACGAUUGUUGUUGAUUGACUAGUUGAUCAUCAGCUCCAGUUUCGUGUUUUUAAAUGUUUG